UCCGCGUGUGAAGGCGGAAGUGCGCGGUGACUUCUCCAUGCGGAUGCGGGCUCUUGUGUCUGCUCCUCAGAUCUGGUAGGAGGCCGAACUCGCUAUGGCGGCCAGUACUGGUACCGGGGACGUUUCUCCUGCAGCCCCGUCGCUGGUGGAUCGCUACUUCACCCGCUGGUACAAGGCCGAUGUGAAGGGAAAGCCAUGUGAGGAUCACUGUAUAUUGCAACACUCUAACAGGAUCUGUGUGAUCACCUUGGCAGAAUCUCAUCCACUUCUUCAAAAUGGAAAAACAAUUACGAGUAUUAACUACCAAAUCAGUGCCAACUGUAGCAGACUUCAGAACAAAGUUUCUGGGAAGUUUAAGCGGGGGGCACAGUUUCUAACAGAACUUGCACCUCUUUGUAGGAUAUCCUGUUCAGAUGGAGAAGAAUAUACUGUGUCAAGCUGUGUGAGAGGACGGUUGAUGGAAGUGAAUGAAAAUAUUCUAGAUAAGCCAUCCAUUUUGCAGGAAAAGCCAUCCACUGAGGGAUAUAUUGCUGUUGUCCUACCCAAAUUUGAAGAAAGCAAGAGUGUUACUGAGGGAUUAUUGACACAACAAGAAUAUGAAGAAAUCGUGGUGAAACGAAUUAAUAACAGACAAGAAACAUCAUGAAGACAAAUGAAACCAAAAGAAACACACAAAUCUACAUGUGUUAAAGGACCAACUGGCAUAAAGCAUAUGACUGGACAAGAAAGUAGUGGUAGGAAUAGUUCUCACCCUACUGUGAGAUGGCUUUGCUUCAGUUCCUGGCCACUUCAGUAUUGGUGAUCUUUGGCAGUCCUUUUUGGGGGGGUCAGGGGUGGGGAUGAGGGUUAAGUGUCUUGCCCAGGGUCACACAGCUAGUGAGUGUCAAGUGUCUGAGGUCAGAUUUGAACUUGGGUCCUCCCGAAUCCAGGGUCGAUGCUUUAUCCACUGCGCCGCCUACCUGCCCCCUUUGUCAGUCCAUCUUGAUUUAUUCUGCUUAGCUCAUCUCCUCCCUCUUAGAUUGGCUCUGCCCAAGUAUGUUUCAUUUCUCCCUAGCUCUUCUCACUUAUUCAAACAAAACAUAAACAAUUGGAAAGCUGUAAACACUAUUUGCCAAAUAUUUUGUUUUUGUUUUGGGUUCACUUUGGUGAAACAAAAGACCCCCCCCCCCCAGGCCUCCCACUUCACUAUUCUCACCAGAACAUGUAGACAAGGUAGUAUAUUUUGCCCAAGAACACUUUGGGGGGGGGGGCAAUGGGGGUUAAGUGACUUGCCCAGGGUCACACAGCUAGUAAGUGUCAAGUGUCAGAGGCCGGAUUUGAACUCAGGUAUUCCUGAAUCCAGGGAUGGUGCUUUAUCCACUGAGCCACCUAGCUGCCCCUCCAAGAACACUCCUUGAUUGCCUGAUCUGGAAAAGUAGAGAUUGGGAAUGAGAGGAGGUAGAAACUAGACAGUCUUUUCUUCAUUUACUUAUUUUUUUGGCCAGACCUAUCAUUUUAUCUGUGGGGAGCUUUUGAUGGGGCUCUUAUCUUUCCCAUUGCAGAUGGCCAUAUACUCUUCAGUUUAUAGAGCCUAAGAAAGCUCUUAGGGUCCUAAGAGAUUAGGAACUUGCCCAGGGCAAAAUUGUCUGUCAGAGGCAGGAUUUGAAUCCAGGUCUUUCUGCCUCUAAAGCCAACUCCUUCUAUCCACCAUGCUGUUUCCCUUGUCAUCUGAUCUAAAGUAAAGUUUUUUGUAUCUCCAUCCCUCCCUUGUUUCUAAGGUGUUCUUCGUCUUGGCCCAGAGCUGAGAGACUAAGAUUCAAGUAUGUGAAUUCUCACUAAAAUUGUUAGCAAAUGAGUUUUAGUGUAUAUGUGAAAGUAUUUACAAAAAAAAUAUAAAAUGCUAAACAAUGUGUAAUGUUUGAUCAUUCUUUUUUGGGGUUUUGACUGAUGCUUUUUGUUGAAGAAACUCCCUUUACAAAUGUAGAUCUGGCAACUGCUUUGUAGCUUAGAGUAUUAAAAGUUAGUGACUUGGGGCAGCUAGGUGGCGCAGUGAAUAGAGCACCGGCCCUGGAGUUAGGAGUACCUGAGUUCAAAUUCGGCCUCAGACAACUUAACACUUAGCAGCUGUGUGACCCUGGGCAAGUCACUUAACCCCAAUUGCCUCACUUAAAAAAAAAAGAAAAAGAAAAAGUUACUUGCCCAAGGUUAAAAAGCCUUUAUUUGUUGUAGCUGGGACUUUGAGGUCAGCUCCCUUUACAUUGUGCCAGGUUGCUUCUCACUGGUAAAAUAGGAUAAUUCAAUCUUUGAGCACUUAUUGCAUGGCUACUUUAUAAGCAUGUGCAAGGCUUCUAGGCACACUAAGGAUUUUUAAGCCUUAUUUUUUUUUCCAACCUUACUUUUUUUAUUGUGAGUAAAUUUUUAGGGGAGAAUAUAUCAUGUAAUCAAUUUAGUGAAAUACAUAAUUUUAGGGCUGGGAAUGGGCCUUAGAGAUCAUUUUCAUCUGUAAAAGGUCAUCUGCACAGAGGUCUUUCCUCAUCUGUAAAAUAAGAGGUUAUUUAAGCCAGCCCUCUUACUUUACUGAUGAAGAAGCUGAGAUUCAGAUGGGGGAAAUGAUUUACCCAAGUUUACACAGUUGUCAUUAGAACUGAGAUCAUUUGACUCUCCAUAGAACCCUUUCUACUAUAUUAUAGUAUAGGUAAGGUUUAAUGUUGAAAUCUAAAGAGUUUAGAAAAUCCAAAGAGAAAGUGAAUGGUGAGUUCUGAGAGCUGAGUUUGGGACUUUGUUAUGCAGGGGCAUGGGAGAAAAUCUGGGGUCUGAAAAAAGAUGGAUGUAGGUGAAGAUCCUAUAGUUUUUAAAGUGUUCUAAAAAUAUUCACAGUACUACAAUACCCAGAAUACUACAGAUUUGGCUGCUAUAUCUUUUCCUAUUGGUUGCCAUAUGCAUUUAUUUUAUUAAUGGAUUUUCUCCAUAAAUAUGUAUCUCCAGCUAUAAAAUGGAGGAUCUAGGAUAUAGGAAAACAUUUCACUUUACAACAAGUUCGGUUGGAACAUAUUUAUUCCAUUAAGUAAUACCCGUAAACAGUGAUUUAAUAAUCGUAUAGGCAUAUUCCAAAAUAAAUGAUUUCUAUAGAGAUUUAAGGUAUUGCAAAGCAGUGAGGAAUUUCCCAGAAAUGAAACUGCUUUAAAAACAUUUAAGUUAAGGUACUAAAAACUGCAAACACAUAAGCAGAACAUAAGUAACAUGGUAUGUCAGAAGUGAGACUAUCUUCAUAGUUGUUUCUUUGGAUUGAAGAUUGAUUAAGACAUUCUGAAUAAAUGGUUUUGAUUCUUAAAUGUUAGCAAUGAUAUACAUGACCAUUACAAAAUCACACUGCAGUUAAAGUUUUGAAAACUACCAUGGCAUUUAUUAGAUGCUAAUAAUUGUCACAACAGGUUUGAUAAUCUGAAAUCUUGAUGGGGGGGAGGAACCAAGUAGAAAGCGCCUAAUUAAUUUUCUCAUAGCACUGAAAAAUCUGAGGAUUAUUUGCUUUCUAAGAAUGUCAGGUUUGCUAUGUUAUGUUCCAGAGAUCUGACCCCAAAAGCUUCUACAGUUUUUUCAUCCAUGCUAUCUUUAGUUGUAACUGUUUGCCAUCUGCUUUCCAUCCAGGGUUGAAGAGAAUUUAUACAAUCAUUUUCUGAUUUGCACUGUAAAAGUAAUUUUAUAAAGUUAAAUGUGGCAUUUUUUUUGGAUACAGUCAGUUCUGCUAUAAAACUUCUUUUGAAAAUUCAAAUUUGUUCCAAUGCAAUUGAUAUAUUAGGGAAAAUUUUGAGCACAACCCAGAUUUCAAAUUUGCAAUUUCAUCUUUGAGAAAUGGUGAGAACUCAAAAUACUGCAACAUUCAGAAUUACUUGCAAGCCGUAGCCCUUCCAGCACCCACUUCCACAAGCAAACUUCAGGUCCUUUGCAAGGUUAAGUACCAUCUUCUGGUGCAAUAAGAACACCAGAGUCACGCUCUGUUCCCUGAUCACCGCCUCCUCUAUGGCCCUGGGACCCCACAAGGUUUUACCCUCUCACCCACAGAAGUCAGCUUUGCUAGUCUAGGCCCCCAUGUGAACCCUGGGUUCAGGCUGAGCAGUAGCCUGAGGUCAUGGAUGCUUCCACUAUUGUAGUAUUUAUGUAUUUGACCUUUUAACAUGUAUAAAACUGAUGUCUGUCUAGG